CGUUUGCAAUGUAAAAUUCUUUUCUCGACAUAUUUUAAGAAAACGAUAGUCACGUGAAAUCGACAUCAAUUUAAUGUUCAGAAUUGGUUGGGAAAGCAGGAGAGCGUUUCCCAGUAGUCUUAUAAGAGCUACCUAUGGCAUAUCGUGGGGCGCAUCAGGCUAGAAACUCUCCAAGACAAAGAAAUGAAAGGAUCUCGCAUUUAAAGUGAGUGAAGUUAUCGGUUUACAGCACGGCGGAGCGAGCGAGAAUACGGCACGUGGUGGUAUGUGACGUCACCGCGCCGCCUGUCGGCCUCGCGGAGAGCGUGAAGGCGUUGGGAGCGAGCGCGAGCCGAGCGUAACCUGCAGGGAGGGAGACGAGCUGAACCGAAAUCGGAAGGUCCGCCAGAGAGACGGCGUCUGGCCUUUAAAAGAAAGCCGCUUACUAAACGAAAACAUUCGAGGGCUUCUCUUUCAGGUGUACCCCUUUUUUCUUUUUUUUUUUCCUUUUUUCUUUUUUUUGUUUCUUGAAGUGGAGAGCGGGGUGAAGUCGAUGGUUGGGGAAGGGCUCGCGCCCCAGUGACACACAGACGGACGGACAGACGGACGGCGGAUUCCGCUACACAAAGAGAGGAAACAUGAGCGCAGCCAAACCCAGCGGCCUCAAAGCGCCCAGCAAGAUCGGCCGACCCGCAGCGUCCGCCACCAAGACCUCCCCCCCUGCUGCAGGGCCCAAGUCGGCCCCUCCCCCUCCCGCAGAGGCCGAGGAUGGGGGGGAGAGCUUCCAGGUGGGGGAGCGGGUUUGGGUGAACGGGAACAAGCCCGGCUUCGUGCAGUUCCUGGGAGAGACGCAGUUCGCCCCGGGCCAGUGGGCGGGGAUUGUGCUGGACGAGCCAAUCGGGAAGAACGACGGCUCUGUCGCCGGGGUGCGCUACUUCCAGUGUGAGGCGCUGCGCGGGAUCUUCACCCGCCCCUCCAAACUGUCCCGCACCGAGGGCGAGGCCAACGGCACCCAGACCGCGCCCUCGUCCCGAGCGGCCUCGCCCACGCCCUCCGGCUCCGCCUCCCAGAGCCCCGCCCCCGCGGCGAGCCCCGCCCCCCCAGCGACCCCCACCGCCACCGCCACCCCCGCCGCUAAGAAGGCCACCCCGCCCUCCAGCCUGGUGCGGGCGGGCAGCGAGUCGGCCCCUCCCUCCAGCCUGGUGCGGGCGGGCAGCGAGUCGGUCUCCAACCUGUCGGAAACAGGCUCGGUGAAGAAGGGAGAGAGAGAGCUGAAGAUGGGCGACCGAGUGCUGGUGGGGGGGACGAAGGCGGGCGUGGUGCGUUUCCUGGGGGAGACGGAUUUUGCGAAGGGGGAGUGGUGCGGCGUGGAGCUGGACGAGCCGCUGGGGAAGAACGAUGGGGCCGUGGCAGGAACCAGGUAUUUCCAGUGCCAGCCCAAGUACGGCCUGUUCGCCCCGGUGCACAAGGUGACCCGCAUCGGCUUCCCCUCCACCACGCCCGCCAAGGCCAAGGCCGCCGCGCGCAAGGUGGUGACCACGCCCUCCGGCCUCAAACGCAGCCCCAGCGCCUCCUCCAUCAGCUCCAUGAGCUCCGUGGCCUCCUCCGUCAGCGGGAAGCCCAGCCGCACCGGCCUGCUGACGGAGACGUCCUCCCGAUACUCGCGGAAGAUCUCGGGCACCACCGCCCUGCAGGAGGCGCUGAAGGAGAAGCAGCAGCACAUCGAGCAGCUGCUGGCCGAGCGGGACCUGGAGCGCGCCGAGGUCGCCAAGGCAACCAGCCACGUGGGCGAGGUGGAGCAGGAGCUCACCGUACUGCGGGAGGGCCAGGAGCAGUAUGUGUUGGAGAUGGAGGCUAAGAUGGACCACCUGCGCACCCUGGUGGAGGCUGCAGAUAAGGACAAGGUGGAACUGCUGAACCAGCUGGAGGAGGAGAAGAGGAAAGUGGAAGACCUUCAGUUCCGCGUGGAGGAAGCUUGUAUUACCAAAGGUGACCUGGAGACGCAGACCAAACUGGAGCACGCCCACAUUAAGGAACUCGAACAGAGCCUGCUCUUUGAAAAGACCAAAGCUGACAAACUCCAGCGCGAGUUAGAAGACACUAGGGUAGCCACGGUUUCGGAGAAGUCUCGCAUCAUGGAGCUGGAGCGGGACCUGUCGCUGCGGGCCAAGGAGGCGGCCGACCUGCGGCUGCGUCUGGAGUCCGCGGCGGGGUCAGAGGUCGGGGACGCCACGUCCCCGCUGCUGGAGGAGGUGGGGGCCCUGCGGGCGCAGCUGUCCGCCCAGGCCGCCGAGCACCAGGGUCAGCUGACCGCGCUGCGCGCGCGCCUGGAGGGGGCGGAGCAAGCGCACGCCCAGGAGCUGCAGCGCCUGCGGGGCGCGGCCGAGGAGGCGGGGCGCGAGGCGGAGCAGCUGAGGGCCCGGCUGCAGCAGGCCGAGCGGGAGAGCGCCGACGCCGCCCAGCUCUGGAGCUCCAAGCUGCAGGCCGCCGCCGCCGGCCACCAGCAGGCCCUGGAGGCCCUGAAGCAGUCCGUCAGCCAGGGGGCGGGGGCGCAGGCCGCCGAGCUGCUGGAGCUCCAGAGCGCCCGCCAGAGGAUGCAGGCGGAGCUGCAGGAGGCCACGGAGGAGAAGGAGAAGCUGGAGGAGGCGCUGCGCUCCCGUCUGGAGAGCGCGGAGGAGCAGCACCUGGUGGAGAUGGAGGACGCGCUGGGCAAGCUCCACGCCGCGGAGCUGAAGGUAAAGGAGCUGGAGCCGCUGGAGGAGAGGGUGGCGCAGCAGGAGGCGCAGCUGCAGGGCCUGAGGGAGCGGGCCGAGGAGGCGCAGUGCCUGAGCGCCGCCCUGGAGGCCGUCCGAGCGCAGCACGCCCAAGGUAACCAGGAGGCCCAGAGCCUGAGGGCCCAGCUGCAGGCCGCAGAGGGGAGGGUCCUGGAGCAGGGCGGCAAGGUUGGUCCCCACCCCCCCAAACCCACACCCCUCCACCCCAAACCCCCACCCCACACCCCUCCACAAGUCCUUUCAUUUCUGCUAUCAUUUAGAAAGGAAAAACUGGAUGGAGUCUCAAAGGAACAGACAAAAGCUGCACAAACUAUGCAAGAAACUCUGGAUAAACUGGGUAAAAAAGAAGAGCUGUGUUCAACCCUCACCUCUGAAACAGAGGCUCUGAGAACCCAGCUCUCUGGAGCCGAGAGGAAGCUGAAGGCGGGGCAGGAGAAGCUGGACCAGCUGACCCAGGACAAGGCCAAGCUGGAAAGCAGCAUCGCCGACAUGAUGAGGACCUCCGGCGACAGCUCCGCCCAGCUCACCAAGAUGAACGAUGACCUCACGCAGAAAGAGAGGAGGCUGGAGGAGCUGCAGGCCCAGCUGUCGGAGGCCAGGGAGCAGGCGGCGCGCGCGGAGGAGAGCGGCAGGCAGGGCCGCGCCCGGGCGGAGCAGGAGCAGGCAGAGAGCCGGGAGCAGCAGCGCGCCGAGCUCGCCGCCCUGCAGGAGCAGCUGGCACAGCUGGAGAAGAGCGUGGAGCAGGAGCAGGCCCGGAGCAGGGAGCUGCAGGCGGCCCACGGGAAGGCCCAGGAGGCAGAGUCAGGGCGGCACGCGGCCCAGCUGCAGGAGCUCCGCGCCGAGAUGGCGAAGACAGCGCAGGAGCUGAGCGGCGCGCGCGACAGGAGCAGGGAGCUGGAGCAGCUGGUGGCGGAGCUGCAGCCUCACAAAGAGCAGGCCCAGUCUCUCGCUGCUGAGCUACUCUCCUCCGGGCAGCGGGCUGAGCAGCUCGCCGCAGAGCUGGGGGAUCUGAAAGUGGUGUCAGGGAAAGCCUGCGAGGAGCUCGAGGAGCUCAGGGGUCAGAGGGGCGACCUUCAGACGCGGCUCUCCGACCGCGAGGCCGCCCUGUCCGCCCUGGAGGCCGCUCACCGGGACCUCUCCUCGAAAAGCGAGGAGCUGCGCUCGCUGAAGGAGCAGCUCGAGCAGGAGAAGGAGGAGCAGCUCUCCGGGAACGCGCAGCUGGAGCGAGAGAAGGCCGAGCUGUCUGCGGAGAAGGCCGAGCUCUCCCGGGCUGCGGCCGAGCUGCGGGCCAGCGUGGAGAAGGCGGAAGCGGAAAACGGGAACCUCCGGAACGCCGAAGCGGAACGCUCGGCCGAGGUGGAGGAGCUCCGGAAGACCAUCGCGGAGAAACAGGAAGUCCUCAUCAGGUACCAGCAGGAGAUCAUGCUGCAGGAGGCCAACAGGAAGCAGCUGGCUCAGGACUAUGAGAAGGUGUGCGAGGAGAAGGACAACAUCCAGGAAGAGCUCAAACAGAGCAGCGAGGAGCUGAAGUCUCAGAGAGAGAGGCUGGAGGUGGAGAGAGACGCUGCGAGGAAAGAGAAGAACGCCCGGGACGCCGGGACCUCGGAGCUGCAGGCCAAACUGUCCUCUCUGCACACGGAGAAGGAAGAUCUCUGCGCCAGGAACAGCCAGCUGCAGGCAGAGAGGGACACCCUGGAGAAGGAAAAGGGGGAGGCGCUCGCUCAAGUUCUGUCAUUUGGUUCUGACAAGGAGGCCCUUCAGGCGGAGAAAAAGGAGCUUCAGGACCAGCUGUACGCCGCGAAGAAGGACCUGGAGAAGUCCGUCCGCGACAGCGAUGAGCUGCGGGCCUCCAAAGAAAGCUUAGCCAAAAUGCUCGAUGAAAGCAAAACCAGCAGAGACGUCACUGACUCAGAGAGACUCCACCUGCUGCAGGAGAAGGAAGACCUGCUGGCUGCCCAGCGGAAGACCUGCUCAGAGAAGGAGGUCCUUCUGAAGGAAAAGGAGGAGUUGGAGGAGAAGCUCCGUCUUACCAGUCAAGAGGCAGCUGUUGCCAAAGAGAAGUUUCAGCAGGAAGUGGAGGCUGCAGGCCGAGAGAAGGCCGAGCUGGCUCUGAAGCUCACCGAAGCAGAGAAGAGCUCCGGUUCCCUGCAGAAAGAGAAGACGGCCCUGGAAUCCACCGUUCAGCAGCAGAGGUCGGAGAACGAGCGUCUGGAGCGGGAGAAGGGAGAUCUGCUGGAGAAGCACGAGAGGGAGAUCUCGGAGAAGGCCGCUGUAGCGCAGGAGAGGGACCGGUUGGCAGGAGACGUCCAAACCGUGAAGGAACAGCUGGAGAACUCGAGCAAGGACAACUCCGGCCUGCUGGAGGCUAGGACAACUCUGACAGCGAAGCUGGAUGAGGCGAAGAAGAAGGCUGAGGAAGCUGAAGUCGAGAAGGCCUCCCUCCAGCGAGAGAGAGCGGACCUCCAGGCCCAGCUUCAGAAAAAGUGCUCUGAUGCCGAAGCGCUCGAGAAGGACAAAGCGGCACUCGCGGAGGAAAACCAGAAACUGAAGGACGACACCGAGCGCGUGCGGACAGACCUGGGGCGGGAGAGGGACGCCCUAAAGUCAGAGCGGGACUCCCUGGCUUCCCAGCAUGCCGAGCUGAAGGAGUCCCUGGUGCGGCUGCAGAAGGACAAAGAGGACCUUCUGGCCCAGAAGGGAGACCUCUCCACCCAGAGCGAGUCUCUCUCCCAGGCCAAAGGGGUUCUGGAGUCCCAGCUGGAGACCAGCAUCCGAGAGAAAGGUGAGCUGGCCUCCGCGAAGGAGGACCUGUGCAGAAGGGUAGAGGACCUCCAGAAAGAGCUAUCCGCUCUGACCCAGGAGAAAACCGAGCUCCUCCAGUCUGAGUCGAGCCUUAAGACGGAGUUGGCCUCCCUCCGUGGCAAACAGGAGGUGACGGUCUCCGAGCAGGGCAGGACGCGGAGCGAGAUGGAGCAGCUGAAGGCCUCCCAUGGAGAGCUGCUCACCGAGAAGCAGCGUCUGUUGGAGGAGAAGGCCCAGAUGGAGUCUAAACAGCAGGAACUGAGUCAGCAGGUCUCUACGGCAGCCCUGGCCAAGCAGGAACUCGCCGCCAGUCUGAAGGAAGCACAAGAGGCGAAAGUCUCCCUGACCCAAGAGCUGGAGGCCCUGAAGUCCCAGCAGAAAAUGAGCGAGCAGGAGAAGGGGAGCCUGGUUUCAGAGCGGGAAGGCCUUAGUGGGAAACUGGGAGAGCUGGGCAGGGAGGUCGCUGCUUUAGCUAAAGAGAAAGCCGAACUUCUGUCCCUCAAGGCCCAACAGGAGCAGGAGUUCGUGUCCCUCCGCAGCAACCUGGAGGCGGGCAAGGAGGAGCGUUCCCGGCUCCUAAAGGAGGUGGAGGAGGCGCGGGCCGCCCGCACGGAGCAGGAGGAGGCGAACCGAGCGCUCCGCGCCGAAACGGCCCGGCUGGAGGAGGCGCAGCGAGUCUCCCGCGAGGAAGCCGCCGAGGCCUCCCGCGCACAGGGGGCGCUGUCCUCCGCCCUGAGCGCCCUGCAGGAGGAGAGAGACGCCCUGCUCAGGGAGAGGGACCAGCAGGCUCUGAAGGCCACCGAGCUUGCGGCCCUUCACACAAACACUUUAUCCAAACAGCUCGAGGCUGCGCAGUCGGCAGAACAGACCGCUCAGGCCCUGGAGCAGCUGACGCAGGAGAAGAGCCGGGUGCAGGCCCUGCUGGAGGAGAGCCGCAGCUCCAAACAGGAAGUGGAGCAGCAGCUGGGGGCCCUGCAGGAGCAGAGCUCCAGGCACCAGGAGGAGCUGAGCCGGGCCAAAGAGAAGCUCGCUGCAGAGACCCAACGAGUGAACAGCUUGUGCAAAGAGAUAGAGGAGCUGAAGCGGGCCACGGGGGAGGAGGGCCGGAGCCUGGCAGCGCUGCAGGAGGAGAACAGGAAGCUGGCCGAGGAGCUGGGCAGCAGCAGACAGGAAGUCAGCGACCACAAGAAGCUGGAGGAAGAGCACUCGUCCCUAACUCUACAGCUGCAGGAGCUGAGAAAGAGGGAGAGCGCUCUGAAGGAGGCCCAGGAAGAGAAGGCCUCCCUGCAGAGAACCCUCCAGAAAACCAGUGCCUUGAUCUCACAGCGGGACACAGAGCUGGAGGCGCUCAGGGGCGAGGUGGCGGUGCUGCGGGAGGGCAGCUCGGCUGCGCAGAUGCAGUCUGCAGUGCAGACUCUGGAGAAGGACAAGGCGCAGCUGCAGGAGCACGUGCAGACCCUGGAGCGCCGGGCAGCACAGAGCCCAGCCACCAGCGACGCCGCUUCCCCAGGUGAUGCUGCCGUGGACAAUCUGAAAGACGAGGAGUCGCAAUUGGCACAGGGACAGAUUGAGUUCCUGAACUCGGUCAUCGUGGACCUGCAGCGGAAGAACGAGGAGCUGAAGGCCAAUAUGGAGAAGAUGGCGGAGGCCGCGCUGAACGGAAAUAACGCCAGCGAGCUGGACAACUGGAGGUCAGUGUCCCCAUCCCCCUCCAAGAAGAAGCCCCCGCCACGGCUCUUCUGCGACAUCUGCGACUGCUUCGACCUCCACGACACCGAGGACUGCCCCACGCAGGCCCAGGCGCCCGACUCCCCCCCCCACACCGCUUACCACGGCAACCGCGCAGACCAGCGGCCCUACUGUGACAUCUGCGAGGUGUUCGGCCACUCCACCGACUCCUGCAACGAUGACCAGACCUUCUGAGUACCUCUGCCCCGCCCCUGCGCCACAUGCACACAUACACAUACACACACACACACGCAGACACGUGCGCACACACACAAACACACACACGCUCUCACACGUUGUUCCUCAGAAAAUAUCAUGCUAGCCUGGCUUCCACAGCACUUUCUGUUGUAUGAACAUGGAUAUGUGUGUAAAUCCAAAUGCAUGCGUGUGUGUGUGUGCACGUGUGCACGUGUGUACGUGUGCGAGUGUGUGUGUGCGAGUGUGAGUGCAAGUGUGUGUGUACGUGUGCGAGUGUGUGUGUGCGAGUGUGAGUGCAAGUGUGUGUGUACGUGUGCGAGUGUGUGUGUGCGAGUGUGAGUGCAAGUGUGUGUGUACGUGUGCGAGUGUGUGUGUGCGAGUGUGUGUGUGUGUUUGUAAAGCUUCAGCUGUCCCCCAAAGCCCUGACUGUGCGGAGACUUUGGGACGAAGGCGGGGGGGUGGAGACUUUGGGACGGAGGCGGGAGGGUGGAGAUUUUGGGACGGAGGCGGGAGGGUGGAGAUUUUGGGACGGAGGCGGGAGGGUGGAGAUUUUGGGACGGAGGCGGGGGGGUGGUUUAUCAGGACAAAACAAACAAACUCAUACUUGAUUGUGUGUAAAAAAGGCUGACUUAACACAAACAACAACGAACAAUCCACAUUUUCUUUUGACUUCUCAAUCUUCAGUGAGCUGUUCAGGUAGGGCGUGGGGGGUGGGGUUCAGUUUAUUUAAUUUAACUUUGUUUUUUUUUUGUUUUCACGGUUGUGUCAAAAACAUGCGUUAGAAUCUUCCGGGGGUUGCCUUCCGUGUCAGUGUGGGGUUGUGGGACGAGUCCUCGGGGUGCGUGUGGAGGUGCGUGUGGCAGGCACACGGGUGUGGAGGCUGACUACAGCCACGAUGUCGGCGGCGCUGCUUGUAGCCCAGGCCCAAAAUGGCCGCCGUGGAGAAGGCCAAAACAGUCGCUUAUAAUCUAUUGCACUGUACACUUUAUACCCAGCUCCUUUUAAUUGCCUUUAUAUGAACAUGUUUAAAUUAUAAUUUUUAAAAAGGAUAAAGAGAAUAAUAAUACUGUCAGAUUUUAUGUGCUGCCUUUUUUUGUCUUUUAUGAAUGUUAAGUUACCUGUACAAUAAACAAAAAUAAAAAAGCAAACCGUUUGGGUCAUAUUGUAUCUCUCAGAUACACCUGUUAAAUAAAUGUGGAAACUAUGACUGUAAAUACCUGCUGAACAAAUUUAUUUUUAUUUUAUUUUUUUUUUGAGGUGGAAAAAAGUAGUAAUGGGAGAAUAUGGAGCUACCAGUUGGCAUCUGUGACUUACUGAUUUCAGCCAACCGCUGCGUUCUGCUGUGGACAGCAGAAGCAUUUUGAUUGGUUUAAACAAGUCACUGAUAGCCAGCUCAUUGCAACUCCACCAAUCGCGGGGUUGAUGAGGCCUUACUCUCCCAUUGCUGGGGGAAACGUGCGGAGCUCUGACUCGAGCGGCUCUGUUUCCUGGGCUUUGGCCCUCCGGUGGUUUUGGGGAGGGCUCCCGAAUGUAAAACUGGUGGCCGGGGGAGGCUUAUUCAGAGGCAGUAUUGUGGACUGUAUCUGCUUAAAUAAACGGUGAUAAUCUUUUAUGGGUGUUUUCAGAUAUUUUUUAUAAAGCUUGCAUUCUCUACAUAUUAAAUAGGCAAUCAUUUGGGGGGAGAAAGGCUGAUCACUUUGGUCAAUUGGAUGGUCUCUGUUAAAACCGACGGGACAGGUUUAAUUUUAGCAUAAAGCUUGUAGCCAUGGUGAUUGAGGCAAACCUUUCUUAUUUUGUACACAAUGUUUAUUCUUGAAUUAAAGCAUAUUUUACUGCUAAA